GGGCCUCGAAGAAGGAGGAGGAGGAGGAGGAAGAGGUUCGAGCCGGGCGGUGGCAGCGGUAGUGGGCUGUGCGGACCGAAGCGGCUCUCCUCAGGGCGGACGAUGGACAGCCAGGGCAGGAAGGUGGUGGUGUGCGACAACGGCACCGGGUUCGUGAAGUGUGGAUAUGCAGGCUCUAACUUUCCAGAACACAUCUUCCCAGCUUUGGUUGGAAGACCUAUUAUCAGAUCAACCACCAAAGUGGGAAAUAUUGAAAUCAAGGAUCUUAUGGUUGGUGAUGAAGCAAGUGAAUUACGUUCAAUGUUAGAAGUUAACUACCCAAUGGAGAAUGGUAUAGUACGAAACUGGGACGACAUGAAACACCUGUGGGACUAUACAUUUGGACCAGAGAAGCUGAACAUAGAUACUAGAAAUUGCAAAAUUUUACUCACUGAACCUCCUAUGAACCCAACCAAAAACAGAGAGAAGAUUGUGGAGGUAAUGUUUGAAACUUACCAGUUUUCUGGUGUGUAUGUAGCCAUCCAGGCAGUUCUGACUUUGUAUGCCCAAGGUUUGCUGACAGGUGUAGUAGUGGACUCUGGAGAUGGUGUAACUCACAUUUGCCCAGUGUAUGAAGGCUUUUCUCUUCCUCAUCUUACCAGGAGACUGGAUAUUGCUGGGAGGGAUAUUACCAGAUAUCUUAUCAAGCUGCUUCUGUUGCGAGGCUAUGCAUUCAACCAUUCUGCUGAUUUUGAAACGGUUCGCAUGAUUAAAGAAAAACUGUGUUAUGUGGGAUACAAUAUUGAACAAGAACAGAAACUGGCCUUAGAAACUACAGUAUUAGUUGAAUCUUACACACUUCCAGAUGGACGCAUUAUUAAAGUUGGAGGAGAGAGAUUUGAAGCACCAGAAGCUUUAUUUCAGCCUCAUUUGAUCAAUGUUGAGGGAGUUGGUGUUGCUGAAUUGCUUUUUAACACAAUCCAGGCGGCUGACAUUGACACCAGAUCUGAAUUCUAUAAGCACAUAGUGCUUUCUGGAGGAUCUACUAUGUAUCCUGGUUUGCCAUCACGCUUGGAGCGAGAACUCAAACAACUUUACUUAGAACGAGUUUUAAAGGGAGAUGUGGAAAAACUUUCUAAAUUUAAGAUCCGAAUUGAAGACCCACCUCGCAGAAAGCACAUGGUGUUCCUGGGAGGUGCGGUCCUUGCAGAUAUCAUGAAAGACAAAGACAACUUUUGGAUGACCCGACAAGAGUACCAAGAGAAGGGCGUCCGUGUGCUGGAGAAGCUCGGUGUGACCGUUCGAUAAACUGCACCACUCCGGAUUCCCAUCACAUCUCUAAAUGCUUUCUUUUUUCCUUUAUUGCCAAUCUUUGAACUCAUUCAGCUCCAGGAUGUGGAAGAAGCUUCUUGUGCCCUUUGACUUGAAAGGUCAAGUUUUAUUCUGGGGUAUUGGGAAAGCGUUGUUAACUUUUUUGUUAAUGUGGGUAAAUCUGGCUGUUUAAUGCAACCAGAGGGCAAAGGGUCCUGUCUGGAGCUUUGUUUCUUCUCAUAAGCAUUUAGAUCACUCCUGUAGACUUCCUAUUUUCACUUUACUGCUCUAAUGCUGCUAGUUUUAGUCUUUAGCCCUGUAGGUGGUAUGCCUUUAUUAGCAUAAGAAAAACUUCGACCAGAGCUUUUACUAUUACUGGUGGGGGGUGGGGGGUGGGCAACCCUGAACUCUUCAGGGCAUUUUCUCUGUUGUGUGGCUUUCUACAGUUACAAACGCCAAGCUUCUCCUGUUAACAUCUUAGGGAAAUACUAAGUUCAGAACUAAAAUGUUUUGGGUGGUUUUUUAUGUGGUGGAAGGAAUGGGUGGUCUUUUGAUUGUGAUUUUUUUGAGAUUUUUUUUUUUCUCCACGGUACAGAAGAUAAACCUUAUUUACUGUACUUUGAUUUGGCCGGUUUUAUUUUGGUCUGCCGGGAACUAUUUCCAUAUGAUUAAAAAAAAAAGAAAGCCUAAUGUUCUAUUACCAUGUUGCUAAGGGAUUUAUUUUUAUUUAUAAAAUGGACCAUAUCAGCUGGAAUUAGACUCUCUAGAAUCUAUCAAUGGAAAAAGUAACAUUUUAAAAAAUGCUUUGUUAAUUCAAAUUACACGGGUUUUUUUAAGUGUGUAAAAACUGGUUAUCUCUAAAUGGUUUAUUUAUUUCAUAAGCAUUAAGGUAACCCAGUGCCAAGUAUCAUUCUUACAAUAUUUUCUAUAUGACUGACCAGUGCUUAUUUAAUAAAACAAAGAAAUACAUAAUACAUAUAAACAAUUACUGGUAGGUUUAAAAAUUGUUGGGCUAAAAAACAAUAGCAUUGGAAUAAAGUACUUGUUUCCAGUUAAGUAAAAUUUGAUGGCUUAAAAUGUUGGC